UUGUUACUUCCAAACAUACGUGCCGUACGGCAUGCUUUUCGCGAGUAAAGGUAUCGGGGCUGAAAACUGCUGGGAAUUGACCUUAACUGUCAUGGCGUAUCUCGUCGUCGCUGCAUGAAAGUGUAGGUCUAGUGGGUGUUCCUGCCCUAUAUUUUGCUGACCGCUCGCCUGCCCAACGAUACCCGUCCACACCUUCCACACCCCCUACGGACUGUCUGAAGCAUGCCGUGGUCUGUGUUGGCAACAACCCGAACUGCUACGUCGCCCUGCGGGAAAGCCCGUGAUGGGAUACAGAAGUCGUCUGCUUUUGCGCGCGCUGCACCUGCGUGAGCAGACGACUUUCAGAAGUGACUGGGGACCGCGUCGCUUCUCUAACACCUGUGUUCAGGCGUUAACGAAGGCGGGAAAGACAGCUGGACGAUGGACAGACAGCACAAGUGUUCUGUCAUCCGGGUUUCGUUCCACACUUAUGAACAUGACGACCAGGGCGUGUCCAUCCCAGACUUAUGAGCACACCCACACCUGCGAGAACGUCUUCAACAACUGGAGGUAGUCCUGGACACUCGCAAUAUGGGCACGAAAGUGGACCUCGUCCAGCCAAUGCUCCAUUUCGCCAUCGACGUGUACAAACAAGUGCAGAGCUCCGACACUUUCUUUUCGCCCUUCAGUAUCGCAGCUGCACUGUCCAUGACCCUUCCGGGAACACGAGGCAACACCGCUAAGCAGAUCGCCACUGCUCUGCACAUAAGAGAAGACAUUCACGAGGCUUUCUCGCAGCUUCAGAAAUCCUUGCAGGGUUGUGCGUGCGAACUUCACAUCGCCAAUCGCAUCUACAGUAAUCGAAGGUUGAACCCGCUGCGUGCAUUUUGCGCUUUGCUGGAGGAGUAUUACUCUACUACUAUAGAAACUGUGGACUUUAGUGACGACGCCGUUCGUGAGAAGAUCAAUGCCUGGGUAGAACGGGUCACCCACGAUAAGAUCAAAGACCUCUUGGCACCAGGCACUCUGGAUUCCUUUACCGUGCUUGUUAUAGUGAACGCCAUAUACUUUAAAGGUGCCUGGAAGAAGAUCUUCCCACCAUAUCAGACCAAACCGAUGGAUUUUUACGAAACGUCUUCCACUACAAAGAAAGUGGACAUGAUGUUCCAGAAGGGAAACUUUAGGAUGGGAUCUAACAAGGAACUGAAGGUGACCACUUUAGAACUACCUUACAGAGGGGACAUGGCUUCUAUGAUCAUUCUGCUGCCGGACGAGAUCGAUGGCUUGAAAUUCGUUCAAGAACGUCUGACAGUCGAAAAUCUGGCGUCCGUGUUACACGAUAUGAGAAUGGAACGAGACGUGGAAUUGUUUUUGCCCAAAUUUAAGGUAGAGCAGACAAUGGCGCUGAAGAAGGUACUCAUGGACUUGGGUGUCAAAGACAUGUUCGAUGAUUCGGCAGACCUGACGGGGAUUACUGAGCGGAAGGAAGUAAAGUUCUCUCACGCCGUGCACAAGGCGUACGUUGAUGUCAACGAAGAAGGUACUGAAGCAGCUGCGGCGACGGCCAUGGUGAUGUGUAACAGCAUGUCGACUGCGGUUGCUGUGCCGAAGGUUUUUAAAGUGGACCAUCCUUUCAUGUUUUUCAUUAUGGCCCGAGAUGUGGUCCUCUUCCUCGGUUCCCUUAGCCACCCGGUAUAGAUGACAGCCAUAUGACGGCAAAUCAUCGAUCAUUCCGCCGACCGGUGACAUAAGCGUCCGAUAUCUGUUUGGCUUGUAGGUGCUAACCGCUUGAAGUGUGAGGAACCAUUUCUUGACGCCAAAAUGUAUGCCUCGACAACGUGUCAUUUCUGAGUCUAUGUGGGUUGUGAUGCCCUCAAGACCUGAGGAAAUACCGAAAUGGCACGAGCAACGAAUACUUCGUCGCAAUAUUAGCCGCACAGAUAUUCUUCACCGCUCUCGAUAUCAUGGCGAUAUCGCUAUAGGGAAAGCUGCAGAAUGCAAAUAAACAUUGUGAUUCAAUCA